AUGCCUGGGACCGUGGCAGAGGGACCGUCGGUCUCCAUGUCCUUCGCCAACAACUUUUGGGGGAAGGAUGACGCUGGCCUACAACCUAUGCUGGACCGCAUGCACGCAUCGAAGGUUACAAGCGAUGAAUUGAAAGUUUUCUACAGUGUGCGAGCUACCAUUGAAGAUGAAUACGCCCGAAAGCUCCAAGCUCUCUGCCGCAAGUCCCUCGGAUCAGCCGAAUCAGGAUCUCUCCGUGCUUCGCUGGACGUGGUCCGCGGGGAAACCGAGUCCAUUGCGAAGGCUCACGCCGCGAUCGCCAGUCAGAUGAAAACAGAGCUCGAGGAGCCACUCAACGCGUUCUCUAAGGGAAUCAAGGAGAGAAGAAAGAUUAUCCAGGAUGGUAUUGAGCGUCUUCAUAAGAAUAAGAUGCAACAAACACAACUGGCCAACAAGUUUCUGAAGACUCGCGAUCGCUUCGAACAAGACUGCCUGCGAAUUAAGGGAUACCUCGCCCAAGGACACAUGGUGAUGGGUCAAGAGGAGCGCAAGAACAAGGCAAAGCUCGAGAAGACCCAGAUUCAACUAGCUUCAAACAGCAACGAAUACGAAGCCGCUGUUAAGACACUUGAGGAAACCACUGGGCGCUGGAACAAGGAAUGGAAGGCUGCUUGCGAUGUACGUGAUUAUCUUCAAAGGGAAAUUGUCCUGGUUACAAAACUAAUGCCAUCACAGAAAUUCCAAGACUUGGAAGAGGAGCGCCUUGACUUUACAAAGAGCAGCCUUUGGACUUAUGCAAACAUCGCCUCUACCGUUUGCGUCAGCGAUGAUGCAUCCUGCGAAAAAAUUCGUCUCUCCCUUGAGAACUGCGAGGUUGAAAAGGAUAUCCUUUCCUUUAUCAAGGAACGAGGAACCGGCCAGGAGAUUCCGGACGCCCCUCGAUUCAUCAACUUCUGCAAGGAAGAUGAUGAUGUGUCGGACAUCGAGGACGGUGAAGGCUACUCGGUUGCCCAAUUCCAGCGAGCUAUGAACCCAGCUUUCCGCACAUCAUCUCCUCAGCCAUCAACUUUUGAGUCCCACCAUGACCCAGAUUCUGAACUCGCUGCGCGAAUGGGCCACCCUGCCCCAGCGCCGGCUCACAAUGCCCAGCCACCACCUCCACUGGACCUUCGCCGAGGCGGCCAGCUACCGCCCAACUACGACCCUGAGCAGCACGGCGAGAUCAACGCGGUUCCUCACAAUGCUUACCCAACCGAUGGAAUGACCAUGUUCUGCCGCACUGGGCCACCUUCGGAACGUAGUUCAGCCAGUGCGUACCGGCCCUCUAGCCGCGAUUCCCAAAGCGAAGUGUCGAACCCUACUUCUAUGUCAAGUGUCGAGGCUCCCAUUACGACCCAUAAGUCUCCACCCAAGCCGACCAACAGUGCGCCUCUCCCGAGUCAAAGUGAGGACAAGUCUGUCCAGAAGAAGAAGAGUGCCUUCUUUAGCAAUAGUCCCUUCCGCCGUAAGAGCCGCCACGACAAGGAGAGACCAGCAAUUGGAGGACAAUCUUCCUCACGCAGUCCUUGGAGCUCUCCUACCAAGCAGACCAUCCCUACCAAACCUACUCUACAAGCUCAGCCUGAACGCCAUAGUCCAGAGCCUGUUGAUCCCCGCGCCAACUUCCAACUGAAUGUCGGCAACAACGUCUUUGACGUUGCUUCGCCUGAAAAGAAUACUAAGGCAGGUGCCCAGCAGCCCAAGGGGGGCGAGGAUGACAUGGAUCCCAUUGCCCGUGCUUUGGCAGACUUGAAGACCGGUGGAAAGCAGUCCACCUUGCGCGUGUCAGCGGACCGAUACCACGGCAUCCAGACACCCAAUCCAUCGGCCCCUUCGUCUACAUAUGGAGGCAGCACUUCUGGUGCUCCUCCUGCGUACAAUGAUCCUUCUGUGAAGCGACUUGAUGCCCCAGAGCCGGCUUUUACAUCCAAGCAGAUGCAAAAGACUACCCAGCGAUACACGGGACAGACCCAGAGCAUGCUGCGAGGCGGAGCCAACAGUCCCAGCAUGGCGCCUGCCACCAGGACUGAGGUCCCUCGCGCCCGGUCACCAGCCCCGGCAACUCGCCGCAGCGCCAGCCCUCAGGUGGCUUCCCCGCGGGUUGAUACCCGGAUGGCUGCUCAAUACAAUGGAUCUGCGAGUCCCGCCCAGAGCCCAGCAGCAUACCAGUCAAGCAGUGUGCGCAGCCGUUACAGCCAAUCCCCUACGCCGCAUCGCGCACAAGAUCCUCCGUACUCCCCCAACGAUUAUGGGCGACGGGCCUCGCCGGCUGCCUCUACCCGUGAAGUCUCCCCUCAGCCUCAGUUCAGACAGCAGGUCCGUCCCUCGAGCGCUGGAGGCAUGGAACUGCAGCUUUCUAGUGGCCAGGUUGAAAUGUACGGCGGGGGCGCUCGUGACGGUUAUGGCUAUUCUCCUCGUCGCAACGAUGGCCGGCCGAUGUCGCAGUAUGGUGACAAUGGCAAUGCUCCCCCUCCAGUGGGCCGCUCUCGAAGCCGCACUCUGGCUGUUGCUGAGCCAGGAAGAAAGUUCAGUCGUGAUGGACGCCCCAUUCUUCAUUUCGCUCGCGCUAUGUACACCUACACUGCCGCUAUCCCCGAAGAACUUGGUUUCACCAAGGGUGAUGUUCUGGCUGUCAUCCGCCUCCAAGACGAUGGAUGGUGGGAGGCCGAAGUCACCAACGGUCGAGGCCACCCAGGCCUGGUGCCGAGCAACUACCUGCAGAUUAUUUAG